AUGGGUCUUAGGGGUCCCUUACUUACACUUGACAUAUCUGACGUAGAUACGACAGUUAUAAGUGAACACCAGAGUACACUUGAUAAUAUUGUUGGAAGGUCGUUUUUUCCAAUAGGUGGGAAAUUUGUACAUAUAAAAGAUGGUGAUGUGCAUAUAUGGGAACGAGAAUCCGAUGAAUUCUGCAGAAUGGCACUUUUAUAUAGAAAGGAGGGUCAUACCAGUCUACUCACUCUAUACAUUAGGAAUGACUCAGGCAUACAUUACAGAUAUUAUGAAAAGGUUUCAGAAUGGUUUAGUGUUACGGAGGAAAGUUUUGACGAUAAACUAAACAAGAUGAAGGGUGUAGAGGAAGAGAGAAAGAAGGUUGACGACUUUUCUUUGAGUCGAAUAUCCCUUGACUCUGAAAAUCAAAAUGUAAACAAAGCGAGAGGAAUCAUCAGGAAAAUGGAAUAUGUAGAUUAUACACCAAAGCGAGGUGCUAUUAUAACGUCCAUAUCUGAGGGAGAGGAGAUUAUUUGGAAGGUAGAACCCGGAGAGCGCAUCAUUUAUGCAUGCAAAUAUAGUAAAGGCUUCUCAGAAAUAUUAUUCAUCAGGGUAUACAAGAUGACAUCGCGUUCACGAAUUUGCUUUGAAAAACAAAAAUCGUGGGUUAGGAUAACAGAGGUCCAGUUUGAUAAAAAGUUCGCGUCAAUGAGAGACUCUAAGGAUCCGAAUAAUUCGCAAAUUCUAGACCUUACAAACCCAGACAAGGAUAAAAUAGAGGCUCUAAGGGAUGUAUGCGAUGGUAUAUUUGUAGCUUCCUUCUAUCCCCGUAUUCCCAUAAAGGCAGUCGUAGACGGUGCAUAUCUGAUAUGGAAGGGGAAAGCUUGUAGUUAUGCCAGAUUAUGUACGGAUGGGAAGAAGACCCUUUUGUAUAUAACUUUGAUUGGAGUUAAGAGAGAUAUACGAUGUUUUGAAAAGUCUCGUUUGGACUGGAUGGAGUGUGAUUGUCAGUACUUUUUCGAGAAAUUGGAGGCCUUAGAUGCUGAUAUAGAGGAUUAA